AAAUCGGCCAUUAGCUUCGCUCUGCCCCAGAACCGCGGAGUCCAAGCGGCUUCCUAACGCAGUCCCGUUGUCACCCGCCUCCUCUUUCCUUUCACUAUGACAGAUGCCGCCGUGUCCUUCGCCAAGGACUUCCUGGCAGGUGGAGUGGCCGCGGCCAUCUCCAAGACAGCGGUAGCGCCCAUCGAGCGAGUCAAGCUGCUGCUGCAGGUGCAGCAUGCCAGCAAGCAGAUCACUGCAGAUAAGCAAUACAAGGGCAUUAUAGACUGCGUUGUUCGUAUCCCCAAGGAGCAAGGAGUCCUGUCCUUUUGGCGUGGUAACCUGGCCAAUGUAAUCAGAUACUUCCCCACCCAGGCUCUCAACUUUGCCUUCAAAGAUAAAUACAAGCAGAUCUUCCUGGGUGGUGUGGACAAGAGAACCCAGUUUUGGCGCUACUUUGCAGGGAAUCUGGCAUCAGGUGGUGCCGCAGGGGCCACAUCCUUAUGUUUUGUGUAUCCCCUUGAUUUUGCCCGUACCCGUCUAGCAGCUGAUGUGGGCAAAGCUGGAGCUGAAAGGGAAUUCCGAGGCCUUGGUGACUGCCUCGUUAAGAUCUACAAAUCUGAUGGGAUUAAGGGCCUGUACCAAGGCUUUAAUGUGUCUGUGCAGGGUAUUAUCAUCUACCGAGCUGCCUACUUCGGUAUCUAUGACACUGCAAAGGGAAUGCUUCCAGAUCCCAAGAAUACUCACAUCUUCAUCAGCUGGAUGAUCGCACAGUCUGUCACUGCAGUUGCUGGGUUGACUUCCUAUCCAUUUGACACUGUUCGUCGCCGCAUGAUGAUGCAGUCAGGGCGCAAAGGAACUGAUAUCAUGUACACAGGCACACUUGACUGCUGGAGGAAGAUUGCUCGCGAUGAAGGAACCAAGGCUUUUUUCAAGGGUGCAUGGUCCAAUGUUCUCAGAGGCAUGGGUGGUGCUUUUGUGCUUGUCUUGUAUGAUGAAAUUAAGAAGUUCACAUAAGUUAUUUCCUAGCCUUUUCCCCACUGUGAACAGGCAUGUUGUAUUAUAUAACAUAUCUUGAGCAUUCUUGACUGUCGGCUAUAUUUAUCAAUGGCAACUAUUUACUGGUUGAAAAUGGGAGCAAUAAUAUUCAUCUGACCAGUAUUCUCUUAAGCCAUUUCCAUGAUGAUGAUGGGACUCAAUUAUAUUUUUUAUUUUAAUCACUCCUGAUAAAUACAUUUGAGGAAAUAAAAAAAUCUGAAAUGUGA